UACACUAGUACUUCACGCUCUCUCUCUCUCUCUCUCUCUCGAUAUACAUAUGUCAUGUAAUAAUGAGUCCAUAAUAUCCAAAUUGCUCCAUCCGCCCCACUUUGUUCUUCCGACAUUGCACAGAGGGAACGCCCCAGACUUGUUUCUCUUUCUUCUCAGAAUUUUGGGAUGGUGAAGUUAGUGGCUCAAAGUCUUCUUCUUGGCCUUUACCUUCAAGUCCUUGCGGUAUUUGCUGUUGAUGUUCACCGCCUUAACAUAUGGCCAAUGCCCCAAUCAGUAAGCAAUGGGCAUCAAAUUCUUCAUAUGAGUAAGGACUUUGAGCUAAUGACUCAAGGAACCAAAUAUCCUGACGCUUCUGGGAUAUUGAAGGAUGGAUUCUCUAGAUUACUUGAUGUUGUCCAAGCUGCUCAUGUUGUUGAUGGCAACUUUUCCCAUUUCGACCAAUCUGUCCUGCUUCAGGGAAUUCAUGUGGUUAUUUUUUCACUCAAUGAUGAGUUACAAUAUGGGAUUGAUGAAUCAUACAAGUUAUCUAUUCCUGCAGCUGGAAAUCCGGUUUAUGCACAUCUUGAGGCACAAACAGUUUAUGGAGCCUUACAUGGGCUGCAGACAUUCAGCCAACUUUGCCAUUUUAACUUUACUACCACAGUAAUUGAAGUUCAUCAGGUCCCUUGGAACAUUAUUGAUCAGCCAAGGUUCUCUUAUCGAGGGCUCUUAAUUGAUACAUCUCGACACUAUCAGCCACUUCCAAUGAUAAAGAAGGUUAUUGAUUCUAUGGCUUACACAAAGUUGAAUGUGCUACAUUGGCAUAUUGUAGAUUCCCAAUCUUUCCCUUUGGAGAUACCUUCAUAUCCCAAACUAUGGUUCGGGGCUUAUUCUAUUUCCGAACGAUAUGCAAUGGCUGAUGCUGCUGAAAUUGUGAGUUAUGCUCAGAGGCGAGGUAUUAAUGUAUUGGCUGAAAUUGAUGUUCCAGGACAUGCUCUCUCCUGGGGGACUGGUUAUCCUUCCUUAUGGCCGUCAAAGGAUUGUCAGCAGCCACUUGAUGUCAGUAAUGAAUUUACCUUCAAAGUAAUAGAUGGGAUUCUUUCAGAUUUCAGUAAGAUCUUCAAAUUUAAAUUUGUUCACUUGGGAGGCGAUGAAGUUGACACCAGUUGCUGGGCUAUAACUCCUCAUGUGAAAAAAUGGUUACAGAAGCAUGCUCUGAAUGAAUCCGAAGCUUAUCAGUACUUUGUCCUGCGGGCUCAGAAAAUAGCAUUGUCAUAUGGAUAUGAAAUUAUCAACUGGGAAGAGACCUUCAACAACUUUGGAGAUAAAUUGAGCCGGAAAACUGUGGUGCACAACUGGCUUGGGGGUGGCGUUGCAGAGCGAGUGGUUGCAGCUGGAUUGAGGUGCAUUGUAAGCAACCAAGAUAAGUGGUAUUUGGAUCAUUUGGAUACCACAUGGCCAGAAGUCUAUAUGAAUGAACCACUCACAAAUAUCACAAACCCCAAGCAACAAGAAUUGGUUAUUGGAGGUGAGGUAUGCAUGUGGGGUGAACAGAUUGACGGAUCUGAUAUUGAACAAACAAUAUGGCCACGUGCUGCAGCAGCUGCUGAGAGGCUCUGGUCACCUUAUGACAACCUUGCAAAGGAUCCUCGGCAAAUCACUGGAAGGUUAGCGCACUUUAGGUGUUUGCUGAAUCAGAGAGGAGUUGCUGCUGCUCCAUUAGCUGGACCUGGUCGAGUUGCCCCACAAGACCCAGGUUCCUGUUAUAUGCAAUAAAGCUGAAGAUGAUUUCAACUGCAUUGGAAUUAUGCUAUCGUAUUCAACCAUGUCCUAUCUGCACCAAAUAAUAUCCACAACCAUAACGAGUCUCCUGAUAAAGUCAGGCAGCUCUCUGUCUCUGAUGUUCUAGGCUUUUUGAGCCAUGUAAUCUUUGUUUUUCCUUUUUGAGUGAUGUCUGUUUGCAAUGCAUUUGUUCUAUCUUGCACUACAGAUGAGGAAAGGCUGAUUAAUUUAUACGCCCUCAAUUUAUCAUGUAGUACUCAAAGAUCAUUGUAUCUGUGAAAUGCCUACAUAAUUCUUCUCUCUCUUACCUAAUAUUUAGUUUAUUUUAGUUUUACUAUA